AUGCUUCGACUUCAAUGGUUGCCCCAAUGUAUAAGAAUUCAUAGUAGGGGAAGGAUACGAAACUUGAAGCAAGCGAAAUUUGUGUCCUACUUUACCACGAGUACAUUAAACUUUCAUAAUGCUACACUUGAGCCUUCAAUACCUCCACAAAUACUAAAGCCGGUGGGUCGUCCGCUUUCUAUUUUGGAUAUACUGCCUGACGUAUCACCAAACCCAUUAUGUCUGUUGGAUGUUGAAAAGCUUCGACAUUUGACAAAGAGGGAACUUCGACAUCUAAGCUCAAUUAGAUAUAGCUCUAUGGAAGAAAAAGCAGAUGCGUGUUUCACCGUGUCUCUGGCCAUAAAGGAUCUCGUCAUUUCAAAUCCAAAACAAGCUAGUCGGAUUUACCACUUGUUGGCAGACGAUGAGAUGAAGAAGGUUGUUUUCAGAAAUGUUAUCGAGUCUUUGGCGCAUAACGAGAUUCCGAAAGUCUACAUGCGAUUCAUUGCCGAGCCCCAAUCUCAUUACACACGCGCUAGCUUUACGAAAGCGCUUCUAUAUUUAUUAAAAUCUGACAUUCAAAUAGCCGACAAGUCAAAUGCUUUGCUUGAUUUUUUUGAAGGUGUAGCCGAAACGGAAAUGGUCAAUUCACUACCCAUUUUUAUCGAUAAGAAAGUCUUUCAAACCAUACUCGACAUCAUUGGAGAAGACAACUAUUCAAACCUAUAUUCAUAUUUGCUACACUUGAAUAUCAGACCUAAAUCCAAAAUUACAUUCACUGAAUUUCGCGAAAGUCUCUUUACGGUUUCCCCCAGAUCAAAGUUUAUUGCCAAUACCGGGUACAUCAAUCCAAGGUGGUUUGAUUUGAACAAGACAAAGUUUAACCCAAUACACACGUCACGAAUUAUUGAAUUUUACUCGUUUGCUGAAUUGAAAGCAAUUUGUGACAACUACCUGCUUCAGAACGACCCUGCCAGAGCUUCGUUAUUCCUAAGUUUUAUGGUGUCCAAGCUUGAGCGGGAAGGUAGAAGUGAGCUGGCGAACAGGUCUGAGUCCUAUACCAAAGAACGAGUGCAGGUGGUUCUCAAUUGUGUACUUAACUUGAUCAUUAGAUUCAAGAGUGUCUCGAGUGCAACUCAAGUUUUGAAGUUUAUGAAAGAUGAAAAUUUCAAUGUCGAGCUCGAGAGCCUUUUGAUUUUACUAAAGACAUUGAGGAAAGCAAAGGAGUAUGAGCAAUUUAUUACCGUCUUGACAGGAAUUCAAUUGGAUACACUCAAAAGAAACAAAAAGAACAUAAUUGUCGAUGAGAUAUUGUUGUUGAUGCGUGACAAAUUCAGCUCUUCUCCUAAAGUGAUUCUUGGAUAUGUUAGUGCAUUAUUUGGAGCACCACAAAGUGAACGAUCAGGAAUAUACAUUUUGAACGAGCUUGGUGUACUCAGUUACCCUUAUGAAUCGACAAUUGCUUCAAAAAUUACCUCGACAAGGGUUGUACAGGCUGCCAAUGUUGACCAAAAUUUGAAAAAAUCCAAAUUAACUAGUAGGGCCUUAGCCUAUGUUUAUCAAGUGCUAUUUAACUCAAUGGAAAAGAGCCAAAGGCAUGAUGCAUCCGUCAUUAACAAAUAUUUUCAUCUUUACGUCGACUUUAUGGCAAAUAAUUCACUUAGUGAACCCGAUGAUAAGCCGUUGGGUGUCUUUUUCGAUUUCUUGCUUUACGUCAACGAAGACGUUGAACGGAAUACAGUUGUACCUCCUGGUAAUUACUACCUUGCGAAAGCAAUGUUUGAUUAUUACAAGACACUAGACUUGAAGAGAAAUAGAGUAUCUUCAACAACAUUGCAAAAGCUAUCGAGAGUUGCGAUAACUAAAUAUAACGACUUUACAUUUGCAACAGAAGUGGUACGAUUUGCCAAAGACAAGGGAAAGCUACUCACUUUCCAUCAAGUAUUCCCAUUUAUCAAAAAGUAUCAUGACGAAGGCGAUCUGAGAAGAUUCAAGUUUUUAAUGAAAGAGUUGACUGAUAUGGGGGUCAAAGUUACAUCAAGAGAAUUGAGUGACUUUAUCAAUAUCUGUAGAGACCCUGAGCCUGCUAAAGAUGCAUACAAGUAUAAGUGGAGUAUGACAUUGAAUAGAAGAGAAAACAAAAAGGCAUUGGAUCGAUUGAGCGCUAAUUUCUUGCCUAACAACGCUGACAAUGCUGCUUCGCAUCUCUUAGAUGAAGAUGCUUACUGA